CCUUCUUUUCGUUUACAAUAUGUCAUGUUCAAAAAUAUUUUCAGGAAAUUUACCUGAAUUAAUAUAUGAAAUCAUCAAAAAUUUUCAGAAUGAUUUUUCAACCUUACAUUCAUGUGUUUUAGUUAAUAGAUUAUGGUGUCGUUUAGCGAUUCCAUUAUUAUGGGAAAAUCCAUUUUCAAUUACUACCGGAAGUUAUAAUUUUAUUGAAGUUUACUUAUAUAAUUUGAAUGAUUAUUUAAAAACAAAAAUAAAUGAUUAUCAAAUUAUUAAUUAUUUAUUACCUUCGAAAACACUUUUCAAUUAUCCUAGUUUUAUAAGAUAUUUGAACAUAUAUAAAGUUACUCCUUCUAUUGAGAGGUGGUUAGAAGCUAAUGAUAAAACUUAUUUGGUACAUAAUGUAACUUUGAAAUCAGUAUCUGAAUUUAAAAGAUUAAUUAAUAUGUCACUAAUUAAAUUAUUUAUUGAAAAUGAAGUAAAUUUACAUACUUUUAAAAUUGAGUUAAACAACAAACAUUAUGAUGAUGAUAUCAUUUUUGAUGGCGUUUUUAGGAUAAUUUUACAAAAUCCAAAUUUCAUUCAUAAUAGUAGAAAUUUAAGCCUUUCUAUUGUAAAUAAUUGUGAAAAUACGUUAAUUAAAAAUCGUAUAUCACAAAUAAUUAAUUUACAUCAAAAUCUUCAAAGAAUUUUAUUUAGUUAUAAUAAUUUAUCUUUAUAUCAAUCAUUAUUAUUAUCAAAAGAAUUUAAUUGUUCAAAUACUUUAAAUACAAUCAUUUUUUAUUAUGUCAAUUUUAAUGGUAUAAAUAAUUUAGUUAAAGUAUUUGAAAAUUUAUAUGUUUUGGAAUCUGUUCAUAUCAUUCAUUGUUCUUCUUUAGAUAGGUUUAUUCAACAAAUUAUUAACUUAACCAAACCAUUUAAACUAAAAUCUUUAUUUAUAAGCUGGGGUAUGCAAAUCGAUCCAUUGAAAUUAUUAUUACAAAAAUAUGGUAACUAUUUAGAAAAUUUCAAAUGCGGGAGUUACGGAAUUCAACAACAGCUCUUAGAAUUAAUUAUGAAAUAUUGCAGAAAUAUCAAAUUUCUUGACUUAUAUGAAAUUACUUCUCUAGUAUUUGGUUUAAUUGAAAAUAUUAAACAAAAUCUUAAUCAUCUUUCAAUCAAUGUAGUGAAUUAUCAAGAAUAUUCAAUAUUACGAAAUUUAGGACAAGUACUCCCUUCUAAACUUGAAUAUUUAAGUUUGGCCCUUUACAUGAUUAAAGCAAAUGAUUUUGAAGUAUUCUUAAAAAACUCUCAAGAUACUUUCUUUAAGAAAUUGUUAAUUAAUCAUUUAAUACGAGAUCAUGAUCGUAUUGAUUUUAUUGAUAUUUUACCUCAUAUAAAAGAAUAUAUAAUGAAGAAGAAAAGAGUCAAAUAUUUGGCUAUUAAGAAUACUUCAUCCGCUUUUGAUUUUAGAGAGAUAGAUUUGUCUAAUUUGAAAGAUGAAGUAAAUGAAUUUAAGUUAUAUAAUAUUAAAGUUCUAAAAUAUGUUAAUUUAUCUACUGAUAUUUAUAGAUUUAUAAAUGAAAUUGAUUAG